UAUCACAAGUUGAGGUAGGAACCAAUGACCUGACACAGACAUGAGUCGGAGCCUACGCCGCGUACAUAACGGAAGUUUAGACGGUUGCUCUGGGUGAACGAAGGGAACACUGACAGCAUCGCAUCAAACAAGAAAUAAUUUUCUCCCCCUAAAUUAACCCAGUCUUCCCUUUCCCUCACACAUGGCGUCCAAUUCUAAUAUGGAUAUUGAGGGUGCGACCCAGCAUCUCCGGGACAUACUCAAGCUCGACCGUCCCGGGAACAGCACCGAUGCACAAUCAAGUGACGGUCUGAGAAUGCCGUCUUUCAAUGGAGAGCUGAAUGGGUUAUUGGGAGCAGCAGGUCUUCUAGGAAGCAGUGAUCGCUCAACCAUGUCAGAAUCUACCAGACCCAUUUCCACAGACAUCAGCAGCGCCCAGGAGACUCAGAUAAUCUGCCUUUCAGGUGAUGGCUCCACCUGUAUCCCCAUCACCUCCAACAGUGUGGAGAUUGUGGCGAGUCAAGAUUCCAGCAUCAACAGCAAGGCUCGUGGCAGCAACAAGGUGAAGAUUCAACCUGUUGCCAAGUACGACUGGGAACACAAGUAUUAUUAUGGAAGACUGAUAGCCGUGUCCAACUCCUUCCUGGCCUACGCCAUCAGAGGAGCCAACAACCAUGCAAUGAUUCGUGUCCUGAGUGUGGGUUUUGCUGAGCGCUCCCUACUGAAGGGCUUCACUGGAGCUGUCACAGAUCUGGCUUUUGCCCACCUCGACUCCUCCCUGUUGGGUUGUGUAGAUGAAGCGGGCAACCUGAUGGUCUGGCAGCUCACCUGCACUGGAAGCAAGAUACUUGAUCAGGUGGUGGUUCAUAUCCGACGGCCAGAGGAUACGCCGCUGAACUCCCACCGUCGCCUCAUCUGGUGCCCGUUCAUCCAGGAUGACAAUGAGGAGAACCAGGAUGACACCAGCCAGACUUUAGCCCUUCUACAUGAAGACAGGGCUGAGGUGUGGGACCUGGAACUCUUGAGAGCCAACAACAGUAGUUGGCCCAUUGAUGCCACAGAUCUAAAAGAAGGCCUCAUCACAAUCAAGGGACAUACCCAGCGAGUCAGUGAAGGGGCCCUGUCUCCAGAUGGAACCGUGUUAGCCACAGCCAGCCAUGAUGGAUACAUCAAGUUCUGGCAGAUAUACAUAGAAGGGGGACAGGACAAACCGAGAUGUCUUCAUGAAUUGCGGCCUCACAGAGGACGUCCCCUCUCCUGCCUUCUUUUCUGUGACAACCACAAGAGACAGGACCCCGAGGUUCCUUUCUGGCGGUUCCUGAUUACUGGAGCAGAUCAGAACCAGGAGUUAAAAAUGUGGUGCACUGUUUCCUGGACCUGUUUACAGACCAUCAGGUUUUCUCCAGAUCUGUUCAACUCAUCAGUUCUGCCAAGUCUGAAGGCCAGUCUGGACCUCUCUGCUGAGUAUCUCAUUCUCACUGACGUACAGAGGAAGGUUCUGUAUGUGAUGGAGCUGCGGCAGGACCUGGAGAAAGGCAAGGCCACUUUCACAGCGGUAUCAGAGUUCCUGCUGACCCACCCUGUUCUCAGUUUUGGGGUUCGGGAAGUCGCCUACAGCCGAUUGCGACACACUGAGGUCCUCCCUGCAGAGGAGGAGAGUGAGAGUCUCACAACAGAGGGCACUCAAGGACCCACAGAGUCCAAGUCUGGGAUCCAAAUUAAACUCUACUGUGUUCACACCAAGAGUCUGCAGGAUGUCCAGAUCUGGUUUCAGCCUAACUUGAGUUCCAGCUCUGCAGUCUUCCUGCCCCAUUCUGAUUCUCAGGAUGGUUUUGCAGGAUUUUCAGACCAUCUCACUGACCAGAGCUCUGACAAGGAAUCGGGAAGUGGAUCCCAGACCGACCUAAGGAAGAUCCCAUCGCUUCCUGCUCCCACUGACUUCCUGUCAAACUCGGCCACCAACAGCGGGACGAUGCCCAAGCUGAUGACUCCCGAUGCCUUCAUGACACCAAGUACUUCGGUUCCAGCUUCUCCUGGCAGCAGCGCCAGCAGUCUGACCAUUGUGACAGCUAUCAGCAGCAACUCUGACUCAACUAACAGAGCUAUAGACGAUGUCAGUCAGAGUCCUAACAGAGCAGAGAACAACAACAACAGUAGCAGUAGUCUGGCGCUCUCCACCAGCAGCCCAAGAGCUGCUUCUGCUGUACUGCUGCCUGGACUGGAGAACCUACAGGCUUUAGAGUCCCCAAGUGGUCCUCUUACACUUGACAGUCCUCAGAUUCUGGAUUCUCCCCUCCUGCCACCUCUGGCCUCUCCGACCAGGGCUCGCUCCCCUGAUGUCAUCUCCUCAGCCUCCACAGCCAUGUCCCAGGACAUGCCAGAGAUUGCAUCCCAGACCCUGCAGCUUCAGCGUGGACUAGUGUCCAACUUGGAGCCCUUACCUCUUUCUGCUCUCCAGACUGACAGCAUGGCCUCUGCUGCAUCUGCCCUGCACCUACUCACCUCACCACGCACAGCCAACAACAACAGUCUGUUGCCCCUCGAACUCGGAGGUGCAGAUGGGCCAGUGGGUGGGGCAGUAGAGUCAGAGCCCAGACUCAGCCACACCCCAUCUCUACUUGAGAAUGCCUUAUCACAGGAGAACCCUGGGGUUGGAGGAGGGUCCUCAGAUGGUAACGGUAGCCACACACCUUGGCCAGCUGCGCCUGACAUCACUAGAGAAACCAGGAACAGUCUCAGGGACAAUGGUCUUGGAGACUGUUCAAGAGAGGAGUCGAAGGACAGACACUUGAGCUCACCUUACCAUCGACACUCCUAUCACCUCACACAGAAUGACAGUCAGGACGGUGGCGCAGAGCAGAGUGACCCUGAUGAUGAGGUGGCCAGCCUGGCAUCGUCCUCAGGGAAUUGUGGCACUCGUUCGUCUCACAGACUACCAGUUAAGGACUGGAAGACUUCACCACGAGGCUCGCCAAAAGUAAAAAGGAAGACCAAGAAAGAUGACUGUGAAUCGUCUCUGUCCAGGCAAAUGGACUCUGGUCAGAUGAAUGCAGAAGUACAGGACGAGUUGUUGAUGCUCCUGCGUAGCCAGCAGAGGGAGUUAACUGAACUGCGUGGCCAGAUUGAAGCCAUGCAGAGCUCCAUUAUGGCUCAGGUAGAACACGUCCUGACCAACCACCAGGAACAAGAACAGCGCAGACUAGAACAAGUUCUUGCAGAGAGUCAGAAUCAUCAGCAGCAGCUUCAGGAACAACUCAGCCAGCAGCUCAGCCACACCCUCAGCUCGGUGCUAACCAACAGAAUGGACAAAGUGCUGCGAGAGGAAAUGAAGAAAAUAGUCCCGCAAACAAUCUCUAAGAGUCUGGAGCCAGUGACAGGUCAGCUGAGCAAUACAAUUGCUGCUAAGCUGACUGCUGUGGAGGUCACCCUUAAGGACAAUGUUAGCAAGGUGGUCAAAUCAAAGAACACAACGGAUGCAAUUGGUCGAGCAGCAGCUGAAGCGAUGCAGGGGCCCAUCCAGGCAGCCUAUAAAGACGCCUUUCAGAGCAUUGUGUUGCCCGUUUUUGAAAGAGGCUGCCAGUCCAUGUUUCAACAAAUCAACGACAGCUUUAAACAAGGCACACAAGAAUACAUCCAACAGCUUGAGACCCAUAUGAAUAACCGAAAGCAGAGAGAGCAGGAGACACGAGACCCCAUGAUUGGCCAGCUCCAGCAAAUGAUUGACAGCUUCCAGAGCUCCACUGAUCAGCUGGCCACUAACAUCACAACUAAUGUCCGGGCCGAGGUCCAGCACCAGAUCCAGAUGAUGGUGGGAAAUUUGCAGGAGUCUAUUCUUAGCCAUGUGCAGCGAAUUGUCAAAGGGGAGGUAAGUCUGGCAAUGAAGGAGCAGCAGGCUGUGGUCACCUCUAGCAUCAUGCAGGCAAUGAGGUCAGCGGCCAGCACACCCGUCCCCACAGCACACCUAGACUACCAGACACAGCAAGCCAACAUCCUGCAGCUCCUCCAGCAGGGCCAGCUUAACCAGGCUUUCCAGCAGGCUCUGUCAGCGACAGAUCUGAACUUGGUCUUGUAUGUAUGUGAGACCAUCGACUCUCAGCAGGUGUUUGGUCAGCACCCCUGCCCUCUCAGCCAGCCCGUGCUGCUGUCGCUCAUCCAGCAGCUCUCCUCCAACCUUACAACCCGCUCUGAGCUCAAAAUCAGCUACCUGGAGGAUGCAGUGAUGAAUCUGGACCACAGCGACCCGCUGACAAGAGACCACAUGGCCGCCGUGUUGGCCCAGGUCAGACCGAAGCUCUUUGCCUUCCUGCAACAGGACCCCCACAGCCCGCUCAGCAAGAGGGCGCGGCGCCUGAUGAUGAUGCUGCAGGGUCUCGUCAACCACUAGUCGAUCAUUUGAAGCGUGGUGCAGAAGAGUCGUUUCCUCAUAGAUACAGAUCAUGAAUCCAUUUUUGUUAUGAGUCCAUGAAUGUUUUAGAGGAGAAAGCAACUUCACCCCACUUUGAGCAGUGUCUGUUGGUUGGAGAUGGAAGAGGAGAGCUCCUAAAUGACUGAGAAACCUCUCGCUUGGUUCAAGAAGAAGGUCCCCUCAGCCCACCUGCCCCUCCACACAACCCUAAAUCCAGCUCUUUCUCCCCCUCCCAUUAGUUCCCAUUCCUCCCCCUGCUCUACCUGCACCCGUGAAGUGUCAAGUUAGGAAAUAGAAACUGUUUUUGUUACUCUGUUUGUUUUCCUGGACAGACCUUCAGUGUAAGACAAUAAUGUUCUGGACGACUCCUUACGUUCCCUGUAGAUGCUUCCAGACCUUCAAUACUGCUGCUUUCCCCCCCAAGAGGCAUUCUGGUCUCUCAUCCUUUUAUCCCAUCAAGAAUCAAAAGACUGUCUCAGAACCAACAGCCAGAGAGCCUGAAAUUUCUGGUCGUCCCCCAGACACAUCACACCUGACGCUCCUUUGAUGUCCCUUCAUCCAAAUGUGCAUAAGACUCAAAGAAUGUUCAGCUGAGUGGUCCGCAAGACCAAACGUUGCUGUUUCUUUUGUUCUACUUGUGCUCCUCUGACCCGUCAGUCAGACACGUUAAUUUCCAGGAUACUGAACGAGUUGUGAUGCAGGGGAUACUUCUGAGCAACAGAAAGAAAGUACGCUAAAAUAAGACAUGUUUCGCCUCAAAAUGUCGCCUUGGAUCUUGGCCUUAAGAGCAAACAGCAGGCUUGGACACAUUUUAUUUUUCAAUACAGACCAGCAUCCUCGCUAGAUCUAUCUUGGAAUUCAGUUGCUGCAGGAUUAUGCUGUCCUCAGUUCGUUUUUUUUUUUUUUUUUAAACCAAGCUAAUCCCGGCAACCAAAAGUAUGUAACAUCCAAAGCCAUUUUAUGUUUGUUGCAUAUUUCCGUUCAGUUAUUUCUUAAUGGGUUGGAGACGACAACCUUGCCAAAUCGUUGUCAGUGCUUUGAAGAGGAUCAAAAUGUUGAAUUGUUUUACUGAAAGUUCAUAGAAUUUCUUCCUGCGUUUGAAGUAUUCUGGAUGAAAAUCAUAUCUCAUUAUACUUUUUACAUUUGACCUUGUUUUCUCAAAUCAUUCUAAUGAGGGUUUCUGAAGGAUACAAAUAAGAUAAAAGGAUGACAAAUAUCAUUUUUGAAAUGUAACAAAUAUUUGCGAAGGUCCUCCAGGCUGAAAAGAAUUCCCCUGUAAAAUCCGAAAUGUUUGGAGCCCAACAUCGAGUUUGGCAGCCGUCCAUGUGUACAGCUCUGUCCUGUAAAUUGAUCAGACUUCUCCCCAUGUUUUCCUCUGUAUGUCAGACCCUUUUUUUAUAUAAACAUUUAGUAUUUGUAAGACUUGUAUACUUGCUUUAAGAGUUGUCAACUAGUUAUAAUACAUAAUAAAAACACUUCCUAAACAUAAUUGUUACUGAUGAUGUUAUUUUAUCAGGAUAUUCAAAUAAUGUUUGUAAACUUAAUGUGCAGUUACUUCUCAUAGGCUGUAGGAGGCAGCACUUAGACUGCAGAUAGUCACCCUGCUUGUCUUUUCGGUUUUAAAUUCUGAAAGCAUUCCUGGUCCUACAGUAUCUGUUUUACACUGAAAAGCCUGCAUUUAGGUUGUAAACCAUUUGUUCAUCUUUAAAGUGUGUUGAAAGUGUGUGAUAGUUUGUGUACAGCCCACAACACAUCAUUGUUUAAUUGCAGGGUGGCCACACUGUUUUGCUGAUUGUAAAAUAAAGGUUCUGUUAAUUUGACCUCUGUGUUUAGAAUCUGUUAAGUUGGAUUUUUCUAGCAAGUGCCUUAUUGCAUUCUACAUGUUUUACUUUAACAUUUGAUCGCUUUUGGGCCUUUAGACAGCUUGUAAUGUUCUAGCAUUAUCCCAUAGCAGUUCCAUUUAACUUUUACAAGCAAUUAUGUCAUUAAAAGGUUUUGGGGUUUGUUUUUUUUCUUUUGGUUGGGUCUGAAGUAAGGCUCAAACAGCACAGUGGAGGAGAAUCUGUAUGUUUUGUUUGCAAACAUUUGGCUACCUAAGACAGUUGACUUGGACCGAUAUUUGAAUUUUUCAUGAAACAGAGAGAAGUACUCUUUUGACCACCUUCACCUUUGAGUUACAGACCCCGGUUUAUUGUCCUGAGAGUAGAAGGACGGGUUGACUCCUGCUUUACCGUGAGUGGGAGCUGUGUGUGAGAAACUGGCCUGAGGCUAGUGUGUAUUUCAUCUCUUUCCUUUUUGUUCAUUUCCCUCGGCUUGGAUGGCUAUCUUGUAUCUUUUACAGUUUCUUUUACCCUAAACAUUUUUUGAAUAAAAAAAAGACUUGUUCA